AUGACAAGUAACUGGAGUGUUUGUGGAGUCUGUGAUUAUCGCCAUAUUACCAAACCAUCGAUUGUCUGGUGUUCAGAAUGCGAUGAAGGGCUGUGUGAAGAGUGUAAUGAACACCAUGGUAUUUCAAAAGGGACCAGAAAUCAUGGCACCGUAUGUAUUACCGAGUACAAGAAACUACCAAACAAAGUAUUACAAUUGGCACUAUCUUGUGAUAAGCACAAUGAGAAAUAUCAGAUAUUCUGUAAAAAGCAUGAUUGUCCGUGCUGCAAGAAAUGUAUAGUUGAAACUCACAAUGAUUGCAAAGAUUUGACCGAUAUUGAUGAUAUGUUGCGAGACAUCAAGUCUUCAAAUGCAUUUGCAGAAAUUGUACUGAGUUUGUCAGAGGUAGCUAAAAAUUUUAAAAGACUAAGGACCAAUCGGGAAGAAAACUUGGCAUCCCUUGGCAAGAAGAUUAGGGAGAUUGAGAAAGCGGUGCAAGAAACUCGAGCUAAGAUUACUCAACAUCUUGAUAAACUUCAAGAUGAAAUGCUCAAAGAAUUGAAAAAGAGAGAGAAAGAAGAAAGUAACAAAAUACGAAUAAUACUGAAGUCAUUGAUGGAUAAAGAACACAAGAUUACAGAACACCAAACCAACAUAGCCAAUAUAAAGCAAUACGCAUCAGAGCUGCAAGCUUUUCUUGCUUUAAAACACAUAGAAAAAGAAGUUGCAGCUAACGAACUGUACAUUCAAUCAAUGAUCGAAAGUGAUGGUGCGAACCAAAUUGAAAUGUCAUGGAAACCUAAUACGUUUUUGCUAUCUGCGAUUAAAAAAUUUGGAGAUGUCGUGGUGACAGAAAAUCUGUGUAAGAUACCAAUCCUUAAACAAAAGGAUAAACAAGCACAGAUGAUGGUAACGGUUACACCUAUAACAAUUGACAACCUAAAACCUGUAUUGCUGCAAUCAUUUGACGCAAAGCUUCGAUUUAUCGCUGGGUGUACAUUACUGCCUGAUUGUAGAAUGGUAUUUGCAUGCAGUGCGUAUAAAAUGAUUAAAAUUCUGAAGCCAGAUGGUUCACCAGAAUUCGAAAUUAGAGAAUUCGGUCCUGUAUUCGAUCUGGCAUUAAUUGACGAUAACUCAGUUGCUGUGACAUCUGGUUAUUUUAAGGACUGCCUUCAAAUCAAUUUGAUUGACUUGAAAACAAAGAAAGUAAAUAAACCAUUGACAGUCAAUACAGUAAACACUGGAGUAGCAUACAUUGAAGACAAGUUGAUUUAUUGUUCUGGAAAGGAUGGAAUACAGAUAAUCAGCCUAAAUGAUGCAUCUAUUGACAAUGUUAGUAAAACUAGUAUACCUGACAAUUCAUAUGUUGCAGUUUUUAGAGACAAUAUAUUUUAUACAGACUGUAACGACAAUAGUGUGACAUGCAUUGGCUUUCAAGGGAACGUAAAAUGGGAGUUCAAAAAUGAAAAUGUUCUCAACGCUCCUUUCGGUAUAUCUGUAGACAGAGAUGGAAAUGUGUACGUAGUAGGAGAAAAUUCUAACAAUGUUGUUGUUAUCUCUCCCAACGGACGAAACUAUAAACAGGUGCUAACAAGUGAGAAUGGAUUGAAGGAGCCAGUAGUGGUACACAUUGAUAGAUCAAGCUGUAAGAUGCUAGUUGCAAAUAGAAAGGGAAAAGCGAUCUUGUAUAGUCUUAUAUAG